UCCUGAAGAAUGGAUUCAACAAGUUGAAACAUUUUGUUUAUGUAAUAAUAUAGAGAUAUCGACCGCUAUAUUAUAUAAAAAAUUGAUUCAUCCUGCAAUUAAAAUUCCUUCUAUUGUAAAUAUAAUAACAAAAGAUGAAAUAUUAAAUGCAUUAAAAGCUCAUGCUUCUUUCACUAUUUUUAAAGAAUCAUGUAAAAGAAAAUUAUUAGCAUUAAAACAUAUUCCUGAAAAGGAUGGUGGGGAUACAAUGGCUUUUCUUUCUAAGUUUCAAUCUCUUUGUUAUAAUACAGAACUUAAUGAUAUUGAAGAAAUUAAAAAUAUUAUUCACAAGAUUAUGAUUUCUAAUGAAUUUUUUAAAAGCGAAUUUUCCAAAAGGUCAAAGAAAAUUAGUUCAAUGGAAGAAUUAUUAGCAUUAUUUGGUGAUAUUAUAGAAGAUGAAGCAAAUUUAAUUAAAUCUGGUUCUUGUAUUGCCUUAAAACAUGCUGCCACUGGAAAAUAUUUGAGUAGUGUAUCAAAUUUAAAUUAUAAAACGGGAUCAUAUAGUCAAGCGGUAUUUGCUGGUGAGACUUUUCCAGGACCAAAUACGUUAUGGAUAAUUACUUUUAGUUCUCAAUCUUCGAAGAAAUAUCCUUAUACAAAUUUUGCUUUUUAUGAUGAUAAAAUAUAUUUAAAUCAUAAAAUGACUAGCAGAACAUUGAUAUGUAGUGGUCAUUAUAUCUCUCCUUUGUAUAGUCAUACAGAAGUAGGUUGUAAUAUUGGUCGUCAUAUAGGAUAUUCCACAGCUUGGAAAUUGAAACGGCAUGCUAGUUCAACCAAUAAUAAUUGUACAUGCGUAAAAUCCCAAGAUAAAAUUAUUCUACAAAAUGACGAUUUUAAUAAGGUUUUACGAAGCCAUGAACUUGAAUUCGAUCUUAAUAAUGAGAAAUUUCAAGAAGUUUUUGGACAUGACAAAAGAGUUGGCGGAAAUGAUGAGUGGAUUAUUGAACUUAUUUCUUAAAUAAAAAAAAAGUCAACGCGUGAUAAACUUUUAAAGGUUCUGAAAGUUCAUAUCUCUUUUACUAUUUUUCAGAGAAUCCUGUAAAAUGAAAAGGAUGUGAUGAUACAACAGCUUUUCUUGGCUAAUUUUUAAUCUCUUUGUUAUAAUGCAGAAAUUAAUGAUAUUAAAGAAAUUAA